CCUAAGCGGAUGAACCAAUUCCAAAGUGGAAGGAAGUAAACAAUAACAAGAAGCAACAACUACUACAACAACUACAAAAAGGAAAACAGCGAAAAUGUCCAAAUCUCAUUGGAUGGAUCCACCAGUCAUGUCAUUAACCCAAACCACUCACAAACUCAAAAACUCCUGAAAUGAAUAAACCCAUUUGAUCUCCUCUCUCCAGUUUCUCCAUCUUCCUUUCACGCUGCUUUACCCACAAGUUUCUACUCUCAUCCCACCAGAUCCCAGAAGACGAUCGUUGACUAAUCAAUGACUGUUUCAUGGUUCUGAACAAUUGAAGACCGAACCAGGAGGAAAUGAACGUGAGCCAUGGAUCGGUUCACCCAGUUGAAGAUGUACCCACCACAGACGGCGCCGUUCCCCACCCGCUCCGGGUCCGAAUGAAGGACCUUCCGGGCAUGCCCGGCACCCACGGCGGCCUUGCCUUGCGCCUCUCCCAGCUCUUCUUCUCCGCCGCCGCGCUUGUAGUCAUGGCCACCACCUCUGAUUUCCCCUCAGUCACAGCCUUUUGCUACCUUGUUGCAGCUGCUGGAUUGCAGUGUUUGUGGAGCUGCUCGUUGGCCAUUGUUGACGUUUAUGCCCUUCUAGUUAGGCGGACUUUGCAGAACCAUCGAGUUGUGUGCUUGUUCACCCUUGGUGAUGGGAUGACAUCCACUCUUACGUUUGCUGCAGCUUGUGCUUCCGCAGGGAUCACAGUUCUUAUAGACAAUGAUCUUGAUAGCUGUGCCCACAACCAUUGUGCACAGUUUGAAACAGCUACAGCCAUGGCCUUCAUAUCCUGGUUCACCGCAUUACCAUCUUUUCUCUUGAAUUUCUGGUCACUGGCAUCUCGAUGAAUGCAUGUAUAUUAGUGAAAAUUUCUCAAGAAGAGAAUGAAGACAUGGGCCGUGAUGAAACACUGCCUGAGCUAAUUGUGUGUUGCCUGAUUUUUCUUGCCUGUCAUGUAUUGCAAUGUGCUUCAUUUGAAACUUGUAUUUUUGUGUGUAUAGUUGCUGUAACAUCAACAUUUGUGGUUGUGAAGGUGGGUUGGUUAGUUAUGUGGUCAACUAGGAGAUUGAGUUGUUUGGAUAAUCCAUUCUGUUUGUGGUAAACAUUUACAUGAAAUUUGAAGAGAUCUGUAUUGUCUUG